AUGUCUUACUCAUAUUUGGACCAAUCUACCUACGGUAAGGACAACGUCAAGUUCUUGAAGGUCAAAAAGGACAAGACCAACCCAAAGUUGCACGAAGUUAUGGAGGCAACUGUUUGUGUCCUCCUAAAGGGUAACUUUGACAUCUCUUACACAAAGGCUGAUAAUGCACCAGUUGUUCCUACGGACACUGUUAAGAACACCAUUUUGAUAUUCGCCAAGAAAUAUGAUACCUUUCCAAUUGAAAAGUUUGCUGCUAAAUUGGCUCUGCAUUUCACUUCUAAAUACUCCCAUGUUUCUGGUUUAACCGUCAAAAUCACCCAAGAUCGCUGGGUUAAGUACGACGUUGAUGGUAAGGAGAGCUUACAUUCCUUCGUCCACCAGGGUCCGGAAAAGAAGAUAACCUUCCUUGACUGGGAUAAGAAGAAUGGUACUAGCUCGUACUCAUUGUCCACGUCUAUAAAGGAUUUGACCGUCUUGAAGUCCACCAACUCUAUGUUUUAUGGGUACAAUAAGUGUGAAUACACCACUUUGAAGCCAACUACAGAUCGUAUUCUAUCCACAGAUAUCUUUGCUACAUGGGAAUGGAAUUCUUCUAAGCUGGGCUCUCUAGAAGCCGUCUCUUCAGGUAGCAAGGAUUCGAUCUUCAACGGUGCCUACCAUAAUGCUCGCGACAUUACCCUAGAUAUUUUUGCCAAGGAGAAUUCCCCAUCUGUGCAGGCCACGAUGUUCAACAUGGCUACUGCCAUUUUGAAGGUUGCUCCUCAAGUUGACUAUGUUUCUUACGAGCUGCCCAACAAGCACUACUUCCUAUUUGAUUUCAAAUGGUUUAAGGGGUUGGAAAAUGACAAUGAGCUAUUCUAUCCAUCUCCUCAUCCUAAUGGUUUGAUUAAGUGCAGAGUCGGUCGUCAACAAGCUAAAUUAUGA